CUUAUUUGUAAGUUAGUUUUCUGGCGUCGAGAUAUAGAUUCACAUCGCCAUGAAAUUUUCUCUUGUUUUGGUGGUUGUUUUUAUUGCAACUGCAGUCCAAAGUACAAAUUUUUCUCGUCUAAGAAGAUCGCCACAACAAAAGUACACCACACGAUAUGACAACAUCGAUGUCGAACGAAUUCUGCACAGCAAAAGGCUGCUUUUGAAUUACAUUAACUGUCUUCUGGACAAAGGAUCUUGCUCUCCAGAAGGACGUGAUUUAAAAAAGCUCCUCCCAGAUGCUUUGGCUACGGAUUGCUCAAAGUGCAGCGAAGUUCAAAAGAAACAAGCUGGGAAAGUAUUAACUUUUGUUCUUUUAAACUAUAGGAAAGAAUGGGAUCAACUGAUCGCAAAGUAUGACCCUGAUGGAAUUUACAGGAAGAAGUAUGAGAUAGAUGAAGACUACGAUUACUCCGAGUUGGAUGAAGCCAAAAAAUAAAUAGUGAAUUCAUCGUGUUUCGUUGUAAAAAAAAAACAGUUAAAUUUGUUUGUUUUUGAUUAAAAUUAAAUGUUCACAUUUUAAUAUUUACGAAAACAUUUUCUUGUUUGUAAUUCUGCUUCCAAACUGGAUUGUUGAGGAGAACGAUAACUUGAACCGCGGUCUGUAGGUCAUAUGAUAGGUUUGAAUUUGUUAUUGAAAAGUAUGUAUUACGUAAAUCUCACUUGUCAUAUUAUGUUGUUAGUUUUUACUUCAUUUUUUAAGUAUUUACGUUUUCUUCAAUAAAGCGACAAAAAUCUUGUAAUAGUUGAACUAUGCAAUCGAGACAUACUUAUAACUUUUAGAAAUAAACUUGAGUAUUUUUUUUCAUAUAUAAUUAAAAUAUGAUUUAUUAAAUAAUGACACUGUGGUGAAGGUAAGCAACUGUAAAUAAAUAUUAUUCUCGGAUUCUUGGAGAGUGUUCAUAUUUUUAUUUAGGUGAUAGUCUGUUUAUGAUGGCAACAAACAUACACACUUUGUUUUGAGAAGUUCUAGGAAUGCAUCGCUCAUUAAUUUCUUUUUUUAUUUUUUUGCUGAGAUUUCUUAUUCUUAAAGAGAAAUGCUGGCUACAAAGAUUUUUAAAUAAAUACUUUUACUUCUUUUA